AUGUCUCUUAGCAAUUUAACCUCUGCCAAUUCAUUACAGAAUUUACAUCAACUCUAUAUGAAUAUUGCAUCAUUAAACUUACCAUCUCAAUGGAAUGCCGUUGAUACCUCUCAUUUAUAUUAUCGAAUUUGCAAUUCGCAGCAUUUCGGAUUAACCGAUGAAUCAGCAUCUGGAAAGCAUUUACUGAUGAUAUUAACGAGCGUGAGAAGCAGGUCCAAUUGGUGUUACAUAAAAAACAAAGUGCAACGAACUACUUUAGUAAAAAUCAUAAUAAAUGUCAAACCCCAGAAUUGCAGAAAAUCCACGCUUUUAUCAGAUCGACAUCAGUCAGUGACAAUAAGAUCCAAGCAAUACCACCAGCGGGAAAACAAUUUUGUGAUCCGAUCCAUUGAGGAAACACUCGAGUAUAUGCCUGAGAAUUUGGUAAAAGUAGUGAUAACAGGAAGUGAACAUGCAAACCUUCUUGUUACACUGGAAGAUGUUGGAUCUAUUGAUUUCGAUUAUUUUUAA